AUGUCUCUGGCUGUGAUUCAAAAUCCGUUGGCCCCCCCGACCGCUGCGGAGGCAUUGGUCUUCUUCUAUUCGACUCCCGCUGAAACCGUUGUCAAUCUCGGUGUGAUUCGCCCGUCGUUGUUGAACGACACGGAAUACCCGUACAAUGACUACAACACCGAGACUCAUGUGGACGUCGUGCCUGAAUCCGGCCUGGAGAUUGCGUUCUACAAUGGCGCCCCUCGAGUGUUUGGCUUCACCAAGGCUGAGCCCGAUGACAAACUGAAAGGCAAGAAAGUGUCGCCAAACGAGCCGGAACCACCCACAACAACCAGGCGCCUCACUCAGCUGAGUCCGACGGUGACUCCAAUCGACAAGGAUAAUUCAACCUCGGUGGCUAUCUUCUCCAACGCACUUACCUCUGUCUAUGACGGAAGUAAGGCAUACAUCUUUGCCAUAAAGCUCAAAGACGGCGAAACGAAUGAAGUCGAGCUGGUCUAUUAUACUCUGAGCACGAGAACUCCUCAUGCCGCUGUCACGAACCUGACCGCGCGUUGGGAUACUCAAUUGGCCGCCAUUAUCACCCCCGCCGGCCAACACCGCUACUUUUUCCAACCCGAUGAGAAUACCAUCCGAUGGAAAGAAAUCGAUGGGAGUGUCUUCAAGGACGUUCCCAAUGUGGUGGCUUGGAAAAACACCCCGAUUGCGGUGACCCACGGGUAUACCGAGCCCGGCGAGAAGCCCCGAUACCUCUAUCUCUACUUUGUGGCCGAUGAAAACAACCGAAUCUAUCGGACGAGAUAUGAGUAUGAGAAAGAGGCGGAAAAGGAAGAGGACAAGUGGGACAAGCAGCCACUGCAACUGGACACCAGAGUAAUCAACCAGCCUUGGAGAUGGCUCAAGGUGAUUCCGUUUGAUGAGCAGAAGAACGUUGUUUUCUUCUUCGAUCACGAAGACACGCUGAUCAAAAUCGAGGACAACCUCAACAAUAGCCCUGCUCGUGCAGUGCCGGUGAAGCCGAUCCACGAGAACUAG